AUGGCUUCCGUGUUACAAGAGCUGCGCCUCACCAGACAACUGAAGAGGGUGCCACAGGAUCCGGAGCGUCAGGGAAGUGAGUGCCUAGAUCAACUGAGUCAGCUACUGGUGUUGCUGCUGGAGCUGUUGUUGAUGCUGAUGGCUGAAAACAAUCAAAGAUAUCAUGUCAGCAGAAAUCUGGGAGACGUUCCCUCCUGCACAUUGAAGCUGGUCCAGAGCAGAGGGUUCGCGCGCUGGUUCCAUGCAGUCAGCACUAAUCCUGAGCCUUGGCGCCUCUUCUUUGGAAAACAGAAUCAGAGCGACACCAGUCCCAAUGAGGUCAACCGCACUGUGACCCAGAUCAUUAUUCAUCCCGACUACAAUAGCAUAAACUUUAACAACGACAUAGCAGUCAUGAAGCUUAGCAGCACCCUCAGUUUCACUAACUACAUCAGCCCCAUCUGCUUGGCAAGUAAUGCCAGUCAAUUCAACAACGGAACCUUGUGCUGGGCCACCGGCUGGGGCAAACUGGGGGCUGAGGAGCAAAAUGUGGCCUUUGAAAGGCUACAAGAGGUUGAGAUUCCAAUAAUUGGAAACAACCAGUGCCGCUGCAACUACUUCUUUGUGAACAACGCUGACAUCAACAGCAAUAUGUUAUGUGCUGGGCAGGAAGGUAGAGGAAUAUGCCAGGGUGAUUCAGGCGGUCCAGUGCAAUGUAAACAAGGUUCAGUCUGGAUCCAGGCGGGCGUGACCAGUUUCAACAUACCAUGCGCCGAGGGUUUCCCUGAUGUGUUUGCUCGCGUGUCGUUUUUCCAAGACUGGAUUACAGCACAAGUGGCGGGGGCCGACGUUAGUUUUGUAACAUACGCCUCGAGCGGUGGUGACCAAGACGACGACUUUCUAUGUCCACUAAUUGACCGACCAUCGGCCACGACAAUAGAGCCAUCAUCAUCCAUGACACCUCUUUUGAGUCUUAGCCUCUUGCUUUUGGUGCUAGUUAUUCAGGCAUUGUGACAGACUUCUGAAGCAAUAACUGAUUUUAUGAAAAAAUAUAAAAGUAAAUUUCUAUUAUAGUAUAUAUUCUCUAUAAAUCACUUCCAGUUACAUUUUUUGGAUCCAAUGACUAUUCCUCAGAGCGCACAUGGAGGCAACAUAAGCUAAGUUCGAGUUCAAUCUAUAAUGGCGCCAUUUUACCCAUACAGUGUAUAGAGCUAAAAGACAACGUAAAAUGAGUAGAGAGAAUUUUGGCAGCCUUUGGAGCCAUUUUUUAAAUGGCGAAAGCCAUACAAUACCUCUCACAAUGAUUAGAAUGAUCAUGGGAAGCAAUGUGGGGCAGAAAGGUAGUAGGUGAUCUUUUACUUAACACCCUAUGCUAUUUCCCAACCAGGGAUCUCGUUAACCGAAUAUUUUCCGUCGUUGACCAGUUUUUUAAAACGUUGACGGAAAAAACUGAAGAAGAAGAAGAAUGAACUGAAGUCCAUCCGUCAUUUUGACAGGUUGCAAUUCACACCCCAGACCACAGGAUGGCGAGUGAGCAUAUUAAUUAGCUAUUGUCUCUGUUGAUGCAUGACGUCGUUGGCCUUACUCGGAAAAAUGUCCGAACUAGCAUUCAGGUGUAGCAAACACGGAAACGUUAGGAAGCUUUGGAGAGCAUUGUCUAAGGCUACGUUCAUUCUACUGGUCUUAAUGCACGAAUCCAAUCUUUUCGUGUUUUUCCGACUCGAGUCAGGCAUUAACUUGACGGUCUGAACGGGACAAGUCGCAUAGAAGUGGACCAUUUCAAAUCCCAUCUAGGUCAUUUUUGUAUGUGGUUCAAAUCCGAUCUGGGCCACAUUUUUCCAGACUGUCGUGGCGGUCUGUACCGUCCAGUGUCCCACAUCCUAUUUCAGCUGUGCGUUAUUAGCGCCUAGCUUGCAGUGAACACGGCUUUUGGGGAAGGGCCGGGCUUGACAACAGUCAUAAAAAAAUAAAAAUGGGUUGAGGAUAAGCAUGAGAAUGAUUGGU